ACCAGCCAAUGGCAUGGCCUUUAACAUAGGGCCCCUCCCCAGCAUCCAAUGCUCUCUCCUCAGGGGGACCUUACCACCGUCAGAGUGCUGCCUCACCUACACUACCCACAAGAUCCCGCGUCAGCGGAUUAUGGAUUAUUAUGAGACCAACAGCCAGUGUUCCAAGCCCGGAAUUGUCUUCAUCACCAAAAGGGGCCAUUCCAUCUGCACCAACCCCAGGGACAAGUGGGUCCAGGACUAUAUCAAGCACAUGGAGGAGAAAUGAGUGACCCAGAGAGGGUGGAGAAGGCACAGCUCAGAGACCUAAAGGGAAGAUGCCGAGGCCCCCUUCCUCCACCCACUCCUAACUCUCAGCCCCAGCCACCCUCUGGGAGCUUCCCUGCCGUGAAUUAAAGACCAGUUAUGCCCUUC